AUGGAUGAUCAAGACAUGCGUAAAAUUCUUCAUUUUUUAAAGAACGACUCGGUGGUAGAUGCUCUAUAUGAUUGCAAAAGUGAAGUGAUUGGUCCUGGAUCCUUCAGAUUUAAAGCUGAAAUAGAUUUCAAUGGGCAGGUUGUUGUCCAAAACUAUUUGAAGAGAACUAAGCGUGAAGAGUGGGCAAAACUGUUUCGCGAGGCUGCAAAGAAAGGAGAUGAUCCUGCAAUGCUCAAUAUUAUGUCAAACUACGGUGAGGAAGUUGUAACGGCUUUAGGAAGUGAAGUAAUCCGUUUAGAGAAACAGAUCCGAGAGCUUGUCCCUGGAAUCCAGCACGUUGACAUCGAAGCACACAAUCCCAUGGACCAAUCUCUAUGA